AUGUCGCUAAUCAACCCUCUGAAUGAGCUUCUGGAUGCAGUGGGCAACGACGCGCUGCUGUUGCAAGCCAAAUACGAGGAACAUAGAGUCGAGAGGAAUGCUCGGCAGGCCGAAAUCAUGACGUCGCCCUCUUUUCCUGGUGUUGUCGUUGAUACGAUUCUCCAGAAGCUCAUCGACCCUACCCUCUCCCCUCCCUACAUCGACGAACGCAAUGGGGCAUCGUUAUGGGUACGGCCGCCUCAGCACAUCCUCGACAUCCUAGGCUCCAUUCAACGCGACCUCACUGGAUUCGCACCUCAUCUGUGGCUUAUGCCUCUGGGCGACGUCCACCUCUCACUCAUAGAGCUUGGUCACCAUAUGGGUACAGAGGCCAAUCUAGCGCUCAUCGCCCAUCUCGAGCCACACCUUCCCGAACUUCUAUCUUACCCGCGCCUACAUCCCACGCGACUCUACAGACCUACGCUAUCUUGUGAUACCGGGAGUCUAGUCCUCAAGUUUUUACCCGUCGCACAAUCGCAGGAUGAUUACACGUAUCACCAUCUUCGUCGCGAUAUCUUCGACCGUGUCAGCGAAACAGGCCUUGUCAUGAAACCCCGCUACGUCGUGCCUUCCGCACACCUCACUGUGGCGCGCUUUAUUGACAACACCGACUUUGAGACCGACGGUCGUACCGAUCAGGGCAAGAUGAAGGAAUGGUGGUCGCUUAUCGAUGGUAUCAACGUUCGACUUGAGAGCGCUCUAGACUCGCGGCACGGCGGUAGGGAUGAGGAUGGCAUGUGGCCCGUAGAGAAAGUCGAGUGUCGGUAUGGUUCUCAAUGGUACGGUGGAGGGGAAUCUUGGCGCCCAGAUACGACAGGCCUACAGACGACGUGA